AUGAAUAUUGAUAUUGUAUCUAGCAUCCAUGGAGGAAUAUUAUUAAAUAUAAAUAAUUUCAUAUAUAAAAAAAACAAAGAUUUAUUACGUAAAACUGACGGCAAACACGUAUUUUAUUGGAUUUGUGUUAAUAAAUGUGGUGCAAAAAUUCGAACUGUGGAGACAAAUGAAAAAAAACAUGAACUAGAUAAAAAUUCAACGUUUUUUCCGGAUCAACACUGUCAUGCUCCCGAUCCUAUAGGCUUGAAAGUAAGAAAAAUAAAAGAAAAAAUUAAAAUGAAUGCGAAAAAUUCAAUCGAAGAUAAACCAUUACAGAUCUAUCAGAAAUCUAUUAACGAGUGUUCGACAAUUGUUGCUUCCCAUGUGAGUAAGAAUUCAGUUCAACAAUUAGUAAAACGUCAAAGACGCAAUGUAGAAAUCUACAAAGAACCAAAAUCCAUUGAUGAAAUAUGCCUAGCCCCAACAAUGUGUCAAACACUAAAAGGUGAAUUAUUUUUAAUUAAAAAAAAUGAAAAUUUGCUGUUGUUUACGACGAAUGAUAACUGUAAAUAUUUAAGCGAAUCUAUUUGCUGGUUAGCAGAUGGAACAUUCAAGGCUUGCCCUCAAAUUUUCGAACAAAUGUAUGUUAUUCACGGAUCAAUUAAACGCGGAACCGAUGAAAUUUUCGUACCAUUAGUAUUUGCUCUGAUGAAUGGUAAAAGUGAAGAGCUAUAUAAUCAAGUAUUUUUUUUAUUAAAUGAAUUUUGCCUCGAAAACAAUAUUAAUAUUACACAAACUAAUGACUUGGAAAUAAUAACAGACUUUGAAAAAGCGGCCAUAAAUUCUUUAACUGAAAAUUUUCCCCAAGCAACUCAUUCAACAUGUUUUUUCCAUUUAUGCCAGAGUAUUUAUAGAAAAAUUCAAAAUAUUGGGUUAUCGACGAAAUAUGCAAAUGAUCCUGAGUUCAAUCUUCUUGCUAGACAUUUACCUGCGAUGGCCUUUUUACCAGUUGAUAGGGUUCAGGAAGGUUGGGCCAUAAUCAAACCAUUAUUUGGGAGCAAUGAAGAAGAACAAAGUCUAUUAAAGUAUUUUGAACAUUCAUACAUAAUAGGUAGACAAGUUAUGAAAACAAGAGGAAGACCAAGAAGAGAAUCAGUUUACACACCACCACUUUUCCCUCCAGAAUUAUGGUCUGUAGCUGAAAGGUUAUCAACAGGAUUGCCCAGGACGACAAAUACGGCAGAAUCCUGGCAUAGAAAAUUAAAUAGAUUAAUAUCGCCACAUCCAGGACUGUAUAAAUUAAUCAAAACCUUACAAUCUACUCAGAACGAAACUGAAGCAGUAAUUGAGAUGUUACUUUAUGGACGUAGUAAUAAAAAAAUGAAAAUUCAAGUGCAAUCCCACAAUAUACGCUUAAAAGAAGUGCAACAAAGAUUAUUAGCUGAUCCGGGUUAUGAUUUAUUAGAGUAUUUAAGAGGAAUAGCUCAAAAUUUAAAGUUUUAA